AUGCCAAGCCCGGCGGGUACAAGCGCCGGUCCGGAGUUACUAUUUACCGUUACCCGUUCCCAGAGCAACCACGAUCAAACAGCCCCUCCGUUGAAUACUGGGGAAACUCCAAGGUCAUGGAGCGCUUGUUUGCAAGACCAAAGUCUCUUCGUCGUACGAAUGUGGUUCGAAGUGAAGUGUGGGAAGUCGGCAAUUUAUACCGUAGAUCGACAAAAUGCACACAGCUUGACACUUGCUGUGCGAGGAGUUGUUGAGUUUUUUAAGCUUGCCAAACGGGAGCAGGAGGUGCAUCAGAAGAUCCUCGGCUUUUCGAUCUCGCACGAUCACCGUACAGUGAGGAUUUAUGGCCACUAUCCCACCAUCAACGGAGACAAGACUACCUAUUACCGCCAUCCUAUCCAAAGCUUCGACUUCACGGCCCUGGAGGGUAGAGAUAGGUGGACAUCUUACAAGUUUGUUACCAGUAUCUACGAUGACUGGGCACCCUCCCAUUUUGAGAGGCUGUGUUCGGUGAUCGAUGACUUUCCAAAAGGCAUCAACUUCGGGGUAUCACCACAGUCGGAGGUACAAACUGAGCCGCAACUACCGCCCAAGAUAUAUGGACCGAGCCCUACAGAAACUACCAGCCUCUCCCGAGAAAUUGGAGGCGUCAACCUACAGGGCUCAAGCUUUACAUCGCCAUUGGAGGAGGAAAGUCAACAGGUUGCUGCAAAUUCGCGAAAUGUUGCGUCAGAAGCUACUCCAAGGGACAAAAGCGGGCCAAAGAAAAGAUGCAAACGUUAG